UUUGCAUUAAAAGACUUUGAGAAGAUGGACCUAAUAAAUAUAUCAGAGUUUGAUACGUUACAAGGACUACCUUUACCUCCAUUUAUGAGUCACGUUGACUUAGAUAAAGCUGUUCGUUCGCUAGAAGAAACCCAUAGAAAGAUACGAGAGCAGCUGCCUAAACAACCCAACUACUCAAUGAGAAGUGAAAUAAAGAGACUGAAGAGCCAUUGGACUCAAGAUGAUUUUUCAGGCUGGUCCCCAACAGAGUUGGCAUCAGCUGGAUUCUUCAGAACUGGCUUGAAGAACAGUUGCCAGUGUUUCUGCUGUGGGUUGGUCCUGUGCAAGCAAUCUUCAGUCUCUACGCCACAGGAAAAGCAUAAAAAGUUUAAUCCCUCUUGUGCAUUCAUUCAGGGCAAAGAUGUUGGUAAUAUUCCAAUUUAUGAUAUUCGUGUGCAGCCAAAGGGGAUUAGUCCAAAAGAUGUCAUAGAAUCCAUGGAAGAGGAAGACGUUAGACUACAGUCCUUUACCUUUUGGCCUGUGUAUGCUUUAAUAAAACCCUGUACGCUAGCAGAGGCUGGAUUUUUCUUCACAGGAACAAGAGACAAUGUCCAGUGCUUCUCCUGUGGUGGAUGUUUAGGAAACUGGGAAGAAAAGGACGACCCCUGGAAAGAGCAUGCAAAAUGGUUUUCUAUGUGUAAAUUUCUCCAGAGCAACAAAACUAGCAACAAGCUUCAGCAAUACGUAAGAAAUUACUGUGGUUUUGCAGAAAUUACGGGAACAUCUUUCACAAAUAUUUCCGAAAAUAGAAUUUACCCAGGAACAGAAUUACCAAAUGGACAAACAGAGAUCCAAGAACAAGUAGAUACUUUGAAAAAACAUCUCAUUGAAAAGUAUCACGAGCCUACGUUUUUCUGUGCGAUUCCCUUUGAAGAUUCUGUUACUGUAGACCUAAACUCACAUUUUGCUGAUAUCUGUAUUGUGUUGAAGGACAUAAAAAACCAUCCUUUGAGGCAGCUGACAUUACCAGAUAUCCUGUCUGAGCUGAGUGACAUCACCAUGAUAGAAGGGGAAGCUGGCAGUGGGAAAACAGCUCUUCUUAGAAAGAUUGCCAUUCUGUGGGCCUCCAAGUCCUGUCCUAUACUCAACAGAUAUACUCUUGUGUUUUACAUUUCUCUUGCUUCUACCAAGAGCCCUCAGACUCUCAGGGACAUCAUCUGUCAACAACUGAUUGGAUUCUCGACAUCUCUGACAGAAGAGAGUCUGAGGGAAAUGAUACAGCAAUUAAAGGAUAAGGUGCUUUUUCUCCUAGAUGACUAUGCUAUGGUAGACUCGGUUCCAGAAACUAUCGAAGAACUAAUACUGAAGAACCCUUGGAACAGAUUGAAUCUGGCAGUCACUGUGAGCACUGAUAAAGGGUUAAGGCUGCGACAAUAUGCAAAAACCAUACUGAGCAUCCAGAGAUUUCCUUUAUACAGUUCAAUUUACCUGGUCAAAAAGCUAUUUCCACAUGAUUGCAAACAGAUAGAUGCAUUUAUUCUAGAAUUACAAACAUCUCAAAAUUUACAGGCCAUAUUACAAACUCCUCUUAUGAUUCUUGCUCAGUGUUCCUCUUGGAUUCAAUAUCCUAAUGAGAAUACAACAGGUGACAUCCAUGUAUUUAAAGAAUACAUAAAAUAUAACACCACAAAGUUCCCUCAUGAGGCUGAAUCAGUAAAUUCCCAGGUUUCUUCUUGUGGAGAACUUGCCCUCAAGGGACUGUUCAAGUCCCAAUUUCAUUUCACAGAGGAUGACUUAAAAGCAGCUGGUGUGGAUGGCGACAAAGCUAUAAAAUUUGGACUUUUGAGUAAAUUUACAGCACAGAGGCUUCAUUCAAUGUAUAAGUUCUAUGAUCCCUCAUACCAGGAGUUUCUUUCUGGAAAGAGACUCAGUGAAUUAUUGGAGUCUGAGAAACCUGAAGAUCUUGACAAAGGUUUCCAUUACCUUCAUCAGAUAAAUACUAUUCUUAAAAUGAUUGGACCUUACUGUUAUUUCCUGAAGUACGCAACCAGGGUUUCUACAAAAGCAACUGUCAAGAUUCUCUCAUAUUUGUUCAGUUUGUAUGGCAACCCUGAAGCUUUGGAUGGCCAUCUAGACAGUACAGAACACUUGCAGCGGCACCCAGAACUUAAACUCCAAGAAGAAACUUUUCUUUUGAUACUACAUACAUACAAUCCUGCAGACAUUGAUGUGGUUCUUACGAAUGCACUGAUGACAUUUGCCACUGAAGCAGCCAUUGAGAGUCAAUGUCUACCAGACUGUGCUCCCAUUAUAAUGCAGUUUCUUACAGGGAAAUCGUUGGUGUUUGCUGUUAGUCUGAUCAACAACAAUCUUGCAGAAAAAAAUCUCACUUUUAUAGAAAAUUACCCGGAAUGUCUUAGUUUGUUGAGCAGCAUCAAGUUCAGCAUUAAUGCAGAAACACAGAAAACACCACCAGAUUAUUCAAGGCUGGAGGGAUGUUUGGAAAGUUUUGGUGUCCCAACCGUAGAAAAGGAUUAUGCAGAUGCAUAUCUUCCUCUCAAUGAUAUAAAGAAAGAGAAUGAAAAGUUAAAAAAAGACUGCGCUGAAUUCUGCUCCUUUUUUCCCAGUCACAUUGUAAUAGUGGACUCCAUUAUUAACCCGUUCAAGUCUAUUAAGGAGCAUAAAGUGCCAGUUUUAAACAUCGAAGUAAUUGAAGUAAAUCAUGAUAAUUUCUCUAAAGUAGAUUGUGAACACUUUAAGGUCCUUUUUUCAAUAUCGGAUAGAAUUGAACUGGAAUUGAAUAAUUGCACAGAUUUUGUGAGCCACCUGGCACCAGCAAUUGAGCAGCACUCAAGUUCUUUCAGGAAAAUAGGUAUUUGUGACUCCUAUUUGACAGCAGAGGAACAACAUUUGAUUCUCAAGAUGUCUUCUUUAGAAUGCCUUGAUAUUGGAUGUAACUAUGGUGCAAACUACCCAGAGCAUUUGAUUUGUGGCAUACACAACUUUUCUAACUUAACAAAAGUGACUAUCUAUCUGCUGCAAAACCCUGAGGUGCUUGACCACCUUCCAAUUGAAUUUGAAAGACUGAACCGAAUGAAAAAACUUGCUUUUGGUUGCAUAGGUUUUGGUACUGGAUCAAUAAAAUUUGUUCCAAUCAUUAAACACUUUGUGGAUUUGGAGGUCCUGCACUUAUCACUUAAAUAUUAUGCAGAUUUCAGUGGUCUGAUGAACUCAAUCUCUGAAUGUAAGAAGCUGCAAGAACUGAGUUUUUUUGGAUCCUUUCUUCGUGAAGAUGACAUGGCUGUUCUUGCUGCAGCAAUGAAGAAUUUUACGUCUCUGAAAACUCUAAAUUUGGACAGACAUAUAAUUGUUGGAACAGAAGCCGCUGAGAUGUUCGCUGUAUCAUUGGGAUCCCUCAUUCAUCUUGAGAAAUUGUGGUUGCCUAUAGGAGAAGGAAUGGCUCGUGCUGCUGAACUGAUUAUUGAACAGUUUCGGUUCCUACCCAACCUCCACUUCCUAUCCAUGAAGGAGAUAUUAGAUGAUGCAAGUAUUGCAUUAUUAGGGAAAGCAGCAAGAAAGGGAUUUCUAAAGAGGCUUCACAGUCUUGAGUUGCAUUCUAAUGACAGCGUCACAGAAUCUGGGUGGGCGACUUUUUUUGAAACGGCUGCAGACAUGCCAGAGUUAAAGGUCUUCCAUAUAGCCAGAAUGCACUCUCAACCUAUUAAGUGUCAAGCCACCACCGUCACUUCCUUUGUCCGGUUUGUGUCUCGCAUGCCAGGCCUCAUUACCAUAUGGAUGAUGGGAUGGCAGCUGGAUAAAGAUGACCUCAGUAUGUUCGACAACAUGAAGAAGACUCAUCCCCAGUCCAAGAGUUUAGAAAUUAAUUGGCAGAUACCACUGCACUUAGCACCAAAUAUAGAGAAUUAAAUAUGUCUUUUAUUACUGUAUCAUAUAAGAAAACUGAC